CCUGAUCUUCUACAGGGUUUGUUUGUUCUGGUGAGAACAUUUAAUGAAAUAAAAGACUAUCGCGCCUUCAACUGAAGUGUGUUUAGACGCCUUCUGGACCUGAGACUGGGGUUUGUUUGUUUUUUUUGCGACUUUUCAACAUGGUCGACUAGUGCAACACCUGACACGCUCGUGCCAACCCGUUUUCAGUGAGCAUGACGUAACGAGGAUAAAAAAGGGGGCGGGGCUUGUGUGGCGCUCCUGGUCGGCAGGUUGUCGCGCGUGCAGGAGUUGCGCUGUGCCUCGGCAGCAUGCGCGCGUCCGCCGGCGCAACUUCCCCCGCACACACCUCAGCGCUGCUCCCGCACCGCCAUCCUCACCUCCACACCACCAGCAACUUUUCAGGAGCCUUAAACACACACACACACACACACGGAUAAUGUCUGUCUGAAUCCUGCCUGGAGAAAUCAUCACGGUUCGGGUUCGGAUUCAUAAUUGGUUCUUGGAAGGAAAAGGCUGUGUGACUGUACCACUUCUUCUCCAUCAUCUUCAUCAUCUUCAUCAUCAUCUUCUGAGUAGGAUCUGCGCUGCAACACGGAACUGGAAACAUGUCGGCCAAAUUCCUGCUCCAUGUCGUACUUCUGUCCGUGUUGCAUGCAUGUUCUCAAACCGUCGCGUCUGAAGAUGAGGAGUACGACGAUGUGACCGUCAGUCAAAUGCUGUCGCCGAAAAAGAACGAGAUGGACGCCACUCAGAUCCUGAACAACCUCCUGAAGGAGUACGAUAAGAAACUCCGCCCUGACAUCGGAGUUAAACCGACCGUCAUCGACGUGGAUAUCUUCAUUAACAGCAUCGGACCCGUCUCGUCUAUAAACAUGGAGUAUCAGAUCGACAUCAUCUUUGCCCAGACGUGGACAGACAGUCGGCUCAGAUACAACAGCACCAUGAAAAUAUUAACUUUAAACAGUAAUAUGGUGGGACUGAUUUGGCUCCCAGACACAAUCUUCAGAAACUCCAAGAACGCAGACUCGCAUUGGAUUACAACACCCAAUCAGCUGCUCAGGAUAUGGAACGAUGGGAAAAUACUUUAUACUCUCAGGCUGACUAUAAACGCUGAGUGUCAGCUGCAGCUCCAUAACUUCCCCAUGGAUGAACACUCCUGCCCACUCAUCUUCUCCAGCUACGGAUAUCCACGAGAUGAAAUGAUCUACAAGUGGAGGAAGAACUCGGUGGAAGCGGCCGAUCAGAAGUCCUGGAGACUUUAUCAGUUUGACUUCAUGGGGCUGAGGAACACCACGGACGUCCUGAAGACCACGUCAGGUGACUACGUGGUGAUGACGGUUUAUUUUGACCUGAGCAGAAGGAUGGGCUACUUUACCAUCCAGACCUACAUCCCCUGCAUCCUGACCGUCGUGCUCUCCUGGGUCUCCUUCUGGAUUAAGAAAGAUGCAACGCCAGCCAGAACUGCUUUAGGAAUAACCACAGUGUUAACCAUGACCACGCUGAGCACAGUGGCCAGGACGUCGUUACCCAGAGUCUCAUACGUCACCGCCAUGGACCUCUUCGUGACCGUCUGCUUUCUCUUUGUCUUUGCGGCUCUCAUGGAGUACGCGACGCUCAACUAUUACUCGUACAGUGUUCGCAGGCCGACCUGUAACAAGACGAAAAGACCGAACUACUCAGUGCUGGACGUGGGACCUCCUCCUACAGUCAUCGCUCUGAACAACUCCAUGUACUGGCAGGAAUUUGAUGACGCCUGUCUGUAUGAGUGCCUGGAUGGAAAAGACUGCCAGAGCUUCUUCUGCUGCUAUGAGGAAUGCAAGGGCGGGGCCUGGAGAAAGGGCAGAGUCCACAUAGACAUCUUGGAACUGGACGCAUACUCACGUGUCUUCUUUCCCACCUCUUUCUUGUUGUUUAAUGUGGUCUACUGGGUAGGCUACCUCUAUCUUUAGCAAUCCACCCGUUUCCUUUUCGAAGACGCGGAGGACUUGACUCGGGCAGGACCAAGACUUUCUAAGGUACGGUCAAAAAGAAUGGGAACUUUGUUCAGUCAAAGACCUCUCCAGUUGGUUGGGAAACAUUCAAAAAAAAUAUACAACACUUUGCCAUAACAAAGUUACAAGGAGAUACUUUCCAAGCCCUUAAGCUAAGGAGUCCGGCUCUUUCUACACAGUCGGAAGUCCACAGGCGUUAUGUCUGGUAGCAUUUCCCUGCCAGAAUUCUUUGCCUUUGUUCUUCAGGUACCAAGGAAAAAAAAAAAGUUAACUUAUCACAGAAGCGUGAUGUAUUUUAUUUUAUGUUUGUUUUGUUUUUUAAUGAGAAAGUCGCAGUACAAGUGGAUAAAGCUGCUCUGAAAGGUUGGGGGUGGGAAAGCCUUGCACAGCAUGCAGCCCCAUGACAUCUAAAUACGAAGGUGGUUCCCAAAGGUGGAGACCAGCGAUCAGUCAAAACCAGGCUUCGGUGAAGAGAAGCAUUCAGAGCCAUCCAUAGUGCCUUCUUCUGGAUGGGGUAGCUAUCUGCCUGAGAGAGAGCAGUAUCAAUUUCACAGACGAGUUCAGCUCCCGGUUCUGACUGACCGCUGACGGGGUCACGCUGUGCUUUAUUCCAGCUUUUGGUUAUGACUUAUUUUCCACAAAGUCAUGUCUAAAAUUGACGUUACUCUCACUGCAUGCUCUUUAUUAUAAUAUUAAGCUCCACUUUGAAUCUUCACAGCAAUUUUAGCACAGCAAAGUAGGUUUUAUUGGAAUAUCAUAUCAUAGGCUAAUUGUUUAGGAAUUAAACCUCUUCCUAUAUUAUAUUUAUAUGUAGGAAAGUUUUAUAGUAGGUUUUUUUUUUUUCCAACACAAAAGGAAGCAAAAGUUCUUUGGGUUUUUAAAAAAUAAUAAUAAUAAUAAUAACUUAUUUAAACCUGUAAGUUUUAAUCCGUUACAAUAAUAAUUGCAUGUGUUAUAAUAGCUCAUAUCAUCCCUGAUCCAAGUUUAUGUUUGGGCCUGGCCAAAGUUGGAACUUGUACUCGUUAGGGGUGGAAGUGUUUAGGCCCGGUUUUCGAUUCGAGCUUUCAACAUGCGAUUAUAAAAAGACUCUUGAUGCACCUCGAUUCUAUACUGUAAGCGGAGGGCUGUAUUCAUGAAAUUACACGCAUCAGUAUUCAGACAUCACUACCGACUUUAGCGCUAUUCAGAAGAGAAAUUCGGGCGUUAGGGUGGAGCUCGUGUAAAACAGAGGUGUGAUUCAGAUCUUGACCCAGGCGAGAUAUCGACUCGAUUGAGGGACGAUGUUAAGUCCAGCACCACUGUCUAACAGUUUGACGUAACCACAAUAUGUCACGCUGAAAUUGAUAUUAUGGUUUAUAUCGCUAAUAUUAUGAACAACACUUAAUAUGAGCUUUAAGCGUAAUACAGAGCAAAGGCUGUCACGAUACUAUAUCAGCUGAACUGUCACGAUACCACGCGAUAUUGUGUUAAUUCAUCGUUCAAGUCUACAAAAUGAACCAAAUUUACAGAUAUAUAUAUAUAUAU